AUGCCCGAACCAGACAAACACGCCGCCGCGCAACAAGCAGUAGAUAUCCUGCAUGAGAUAUCUACGAUUCUCAACUGCCAUCUUGAUCGCCGCACCUUGUCCAUCUGCAUCUCUAUGAUCGAGCGCGGAGUAAACCCAGAGGCGUUAGCGCAAGUUAUCAAGGAACUCAGACAAGAGGCCCAGCGGGUGGAACAACCUGCUGUAGCAGCAAGAAGGCGCUGA